AUGCUAAUUUAAGUUAUAGCGUCAUUUUUUAAAAUCGUUAUGGGGCUUUUUCCUUCGAAAUCGAAGACACCUGCACAGGUCAAUCAGCAAACCCAACAAACCCAACAAACUAGCCAACCAGAGAAUACUGUUCCUGCUGCUUCGGCUGAAUCUCAAAAUCAAAUACCGGAAAAUCAGGAGCCACAAACUGCUCAACAAUCUUCUGACGACGACAUGGCUUUGCCAAAUCAGCUUUCAAGCCCUGAUGCAAACCCCAAAAUGCUGAUGAAGAAGCAUCUCACUCCAGAGGUGUACAAAGCUUUGAAGGAUAAAAAGACCGAAGGCGGUUUCACCCUGCACGAUCUGAUAAAUUCUGGCUUGGUGAAUCUUGACUCUUCUACUGGUUGUUACGCCGGUGAUGAGGAAAGCUUCACGCUAUUCGCGCCGUUACUAAACCCCAUUAUUGAAGAGUACCACAGCCCUUACAAGUUGGCAAAGGGCCAUAAAUCAGAUAUGAAUCCAGAUAAUGUGGAUGCACCAGACUUAGACCCUGAGGGUUCUUUUAUUCGGUCUACACGUAUACGUGUUGCCCGAAAUCUCAAGGGCUACCCACUAACACCCAAUUUAUCCAAAGAACAACGACUUGAGGUCGAGAAGAAGGUCGUUGGCGUCUUAACGUCUUUGACCGGUGAUCUCUCUGGAAAGUACUAUCCGCUGUCAGGAAUGGACGAGGAGACCCGCCAGCAGCUGGUGAAUGACCAUUUCUUGUUCAAGAAAGGCGACCGCUUCCUGGAGGCGGCUGGCGUCAAUAGGGAAUGGCCUGAGGGACGAGGUAUCUUCCAUAAUGACAGCAAGACCUUCUUAGUUUGGGUAAACGAAGAGGAUCAACUUCGUAUAAUCAGCAUGGAGAUGGGUGGGGACAUCAAAUCUGUACUUACUCGCUUAUGUCUUGCUGUCAAUGAGAUAGACAAGCAGUUGGGUUUCCAGCACACUGACCAGCAUGGAUAUCUGUCCUCGUGUCCCACUAAUUUGGGUACAGGAAUGCGCGCUAGUGUACACGUGAAGAUCCCACACGCCAGUAUACAUCCAGACUUUCAGAAGAUCUGUGAUCAGUACCAUAUUCAGCCUCGUGGAAUCCAUGGUGAACAUUCUGAGUCCACUGGAGCGGAUGUUGGUGUUUAUGACAUCAGUAACCGCAGGCGCUUGGGUCUGUCCGAGGUUCAGUGCGUUAAGGACAUGUAUGAGGGAGUGAAAAGGCUGCUGGAGAUCGAGAAAGCUGCUAUUGCUGAAAAGGAAGCCAAGUUCCCAGAAGCUCUCAACAAGCCCGAGGUAAAGUCUCUGUUGAAGAAGUAUCUUACUGAAGACACAUUUAAUGAACUAAAGGACAAGAAGACAGCUCGAGGCUCUACCCUUUGGACUCAAAUCCUCUCUGGUGUGGAGCAACUUGACUCUUCUAAUGGUAUUUAUGCUUCAGAACAGGAAGCAUAUACCCUUUUUGGAAAACUUUUCGAUCCCAUCAUCGAAGAGUACCAUGCUCCUUACAAACUUUCAGACAAGCAUGUCACCGAUAUGGACCCAGACAAGGUGGAGGCUCCAGAUUUGGAUCCUGACCACAGGUUCAUUAGAUCGACGCGCAUCAGAGUAGCACGAAAUCUCCAAGGCCACGGUUUGCCUCCCAGUGUUCGCAACAAAGAGAGACUGGAAAUUGAAUCGAAGAUCGUAAAGGUUCUAACGUCCCUAACCGGAGAUCUAGCAGGAAAAUAUUACCCUCUGACUGGAAUGAGUGAAGAAACCAGGAAGAAGCUUGUGGAGGACCACUUCCUGUUCAAGAAGGGUGACCGCUUCUUGGAGUCUGCAGGCAUCAACAAGAUGUGGCCUCAAGGUCGAGGAAUCUUUCACAAUGACAACAAAACCUUCUUAGUAUGGGUGAACGAAGAGGACCACUUAAGGAUUAUCAGUAUGGAGAAAGGAAGCGACAUCAAGUCAGUGUUUGCACGCCUAUGCUUGGCUGUUAAUGAGCUGGACAAACAAAUUGGAUUUCAACAGGAUGAGUACCGCGGAAAUCUUUCCUCGUGCCCAACUAAUCUGGGCACAGGCAUGCGUGCUAGUGUGCACGUGAAAAUCCCUCACGCCAGUGAACAUCCUGAUUUCAAAAAGAUUUGUGACGAGUUCCACAUUCAGGCACGUGGAAUCCAUGGCGAACACUCCGUGUCUACUGGAGAAGAUGCUGGAGUUUUUGACAUCAGUAACCGCAGACGGUUGGGUUUGUCGGAGGUGCAGUGUGUGCAGGACAUGUACAAUGGCGUCAAGAAACUUCUGGAGAUUGAGGAAGAAGCUCUUGCCAAGUCAUAGACAAAUCUCGCUAACUUCCAGUGUUAAACUUAAUGCAACAAGGUCAGAAUAUUACGUGUGGGAAAUUUUCCUUUAAACGAUAGGCGAAAUUCAAAUUACUUUUAUUUUAGAGUGUUUUAUGAAGGGUGGGCUUGUAACUGUAACUUGGCUGAAAAGUGAUAGUUCAGCCUGAAGUAGCAGCGAUCACUAUGUAACCGAGUGACAAGUACUUGAGGUCUCACCAGUGACUACCUUUUCAGUUAAUAAAGAUGAUGAUAAGGCCGUUGCUAUA